AUGGAGAGAUCUCUUCGACCAUCUCCGCCCCCUGUUUCCUCCCCUCCCUCCUCGUCGUCCUCCUCCAUCUCCACGGAGGAUACUCCAAUCCCUCCUCCCCGCAGGAAGAGGGCGAGGAAGACGACUCAGGCCGAGGGCGGCGCGCCCGACAAGCCCAAGAGGCCCCGCAAGGAGGCGGCCCGCCACCACCGCCACAGCAAGGAAGAUCCCAAUGCCACCGCCGCAUCUGCAGGGAAGAGGAGCUCCGUCUACAAGGGAGUCACCAGGCACAGGUGGACAGGCAGGUUCGAGGCCCAUCUCUGGGACAAGCAUUGCCUCACCUCCAUCCAGAACAAGAAGAAAGGCAGGCAAGGGGCUUAUGAUACUGAGGAGGCAGCUGCUCGUGCAUAUGACCUUGCAGCUCUCAAAUACUGGGGUCCUGAAACAGUCCUGAAUUUCCCUGCGGAGGAUUACUCGAACGAGAUGUCUGAGAUGGAAGGGGUGUCGCGGGAGGAGUACCUGGCCUCCCUUCGCCGCCGGAUCUGCGGCUUCUCCAGAGGCGUCUCCAAGUACAGAGGCGUGGCCAGGCAUCACCACAAUGGGAGGUGGGAGGCACGGAUUGGGCGAGUCUUUGGGAACAAGUACCUCUACUUGGGAACAUUUGGUAUGGACUAG